UCCAUCCGAAGAAAGCGAAUCUUGAAGAUAACGUGUGGGGGUACGGUAUAAUAGUCCGGAUAGAAAGUGAAAAUUUAACAGUGUCGAGGCGAUUAAGGUGACCGCGACAUCUUGUUUUUGGAAGAAGAAGACGAUUAUUUUUCGCACCACCGGAGCAUGGCGCGCAUUUUCGCCUACUGGGCGGUACUCGUCGCGACGACGGUCGUCGCCGAAGACUCCGCGUGGUCCUGGAACCCCCAAACCCCCGAAGACGACCUCCAGGUCUCCGCUAGCGACUACGCCCCGACCUCGAUCAACUCCACCGACUCCGACGCCUUGAUACAAGAAAUCUUAACUUCCACGCGACAAGGUCGCGCUUUGGACGGCUACGACGAAGUUUACAGCGACCCGAGUGUCCAGGAAGUUCUCCAAAAAGGAGACGACGUCGAAGCCAGGAGCGUUAUCCGCGAGCGCCUUUGCUUCCUCAACCUGAUGAGGUGUGACGAGGAAAUCCAAGGCAAACGCCCAUACAUCGCGCCCGAAGAGCUCAUCUACGCACAGCCGGUGGCCAUCAACCCCGUCGGGCAACCCAUACCCACGAUUCCGGUGAAAGGAGUGAGAGGUAUGGGAGGAUACGGACCGCCCCGUCCGAUCCCCUACCCCGGCGGUAACAAAUUCGGACCUCCCACGCUGGGCGGCAAAUAUCCACCCCCUCCUUACGCCCCCAACAAGCCGCCGAGGAGGGGAUACGGCCCUCUCCCGGGCAAACCUUUCUACGGACCUCCAGUUAACAAACCAUUUUUGUCAGGUGGUGAAAUUUUAGCCGAAGGGGAGUUCCUUGACAGACCCCCUAGCUCCGAAUACUUCAACAAACUUCCGGCAGCCGCGAACCCGUACCAGUUCGAACUAGGUGCCUCCGAGAACGCCCAUCACAAGGACAAACGCGUGGAGAUCACCGUCACCGCUCAAGGAGGUGCGGCGAGCGUUACUGGAGCUCCCAACAAAGGCCUAGUCGAGCACGUGCACCACCAUUAUCACCAUAACGCUGACGGCGUCUCCAAGCAACCGACGGUGAUCGUUAAUCCUGUACCGGUGGCGGCCGCGGCGGUGACUAGCUCGUUAGACGCGGUGUCCAGUUCCAACGCGUUCACCUCCUCUCACAACUCCAACGGUUUCGUCCCCACCAAUGGUCUGUCUUUGGGUGGCUUCGGAGGAGUGUCCGGAGUUACCUACGGGGGUCAGACCUUGGCCAAUUACGGCUCCUCCUCGUCCACUUUCGGUACGCAGGGGUUGUCGAACUACGGUUCCGGUUUCGGAGGCGUCAAACCCAUCACAGAGAACUACGGACCUCAAACCUUCGGGUCGAACUCGGUCGGAGCUACCGCAGGGUACUACGGUUCGUCGGGUCUCUACAAGAAGGAGCUGAACGUCGACUCGCUCAAUGGGAACUACCUGCAGGGCGGCUACGCGGAUAAGUACCAAGGUGCGGAGUCGGCUAGAGCAGAGAAUUACGACUGCGUCUGCGUCCCGUACGACCAAUGCCCCACCCACGACGUCAUAGGGAGGAAAGAUGACCUGUAUCUGGCGAUUGACCCCAGAAACUUGAAGAGCGACAUCGAGGCGGUCGCCGACAACGACACCCUCGUGUUAACGGACGGGAACGGUACCAUGACGGUGGUGAAGUUAUCCCAAGGUAACGAAACCCGAGGAGAUCGCGCGAAACGGGAGGCGCCGUCGGAACCCCAAAGCGACGAACAAGAUCACAAGGUCGAAGGGCGCCAGUACGGGGGCCAGUACGACAAUAUCAUGAAGAAAAUCAAACCCACUUUCGGCAUUUCCUUUGGUUUACCGUAUCAGGGAGGCGGUGGUUAUCCCUUCAACCCGCACCACGUGUAUCCGCAUCACGGUACCGUCGACGGUACCGGCGUUAAUCUCGGUCUGGUGUCCGUCAAUCCCCUGCUCUCUAUCCAAGUCACCAAAGACGAUUACGGCAACAAAGUCAUCAAGCCAUUCGUCAAUCUUCACGUCACCCCCAACAGUUACCUGGUUAACAAGUUUGAGGAUUUGGUCGCCUACAAAAAAGGCGUCAUCCUCAACAAGCACAAGCACUUUCACGUGCACAAACCCGGGUUUUAUCCCCAUCCGCCCCACCACCCGGUCUACGACGGUCCCUACAGGGAAGAGCACGACUUUCAUCACCAUCCUCACGAACCGGAAAUCCUUUAUGGUCCGCCAGCUCACCAUUAUCAUCAGUACGGCCCUGAAUCGCCCCAAUUCGAGCCGGACUACCCGCAAAAACCCCCAUUCGGGUACUUCGACGAUCCCUACUCCCACUAUGGUGGCGGCCAUUACGAACAUCCCGACUCCCUUAUCGCUCGGUCGUACCGCAAUCACACGUUCGACGCGGGCAAUAGCCUCGUCGAGCAGUACCGCGAGCAAUUCGACCACGACCGGCACCUUGUUUACGGUGACCGGUCGGGCGUGCAGUACCAGCACCGACCGGGUACCCGUGGUGGCAAAAGUCUCGACCUCCAAGCCUCCCUGAGUCACGUAAAAUUCCCUAGCAGUAGAAAAAGACGCGACCUUACUGACUUUGACGCAGGUAUCGCUAAAAGCACAACGGACAAGCGUCAGGCAUACUACGGUAGGCCGCAGACGUGCGGGCCGAGACACGUGUGCUGCAGGAGGCCGUACAGGCCGAGCGUGCCCCAGGUGAACCACAAGCAGUGUGGUACCAGACAUUCGCAAGGCAUAAACGGCAGAAUAAAGAACCCGGUGUACGUGGACGGCGACAGCGAGUUCGGAGAGUACCCGUGGCAGGUCGCCAUCCUGAAAAAGGAUCCUAAGGAGAGCGUCUACGUCUGUGGUGGUACGCUGAUUGAUCCUCUGCACAUACUGACCGCUGCCCACUGCGUGAAACAGUACACCAACUUUGACCUGAGGGUACGACUCGGCGAAUGGGACGUCAACCAUGACGUGGAGUUCUAUCCAUACAUCGAACGCGACGUUGCCGCCCUUACGGUUCAUCCAGAGUUUUACGCUGGCACCUUGUACAACGAUUUGGCAGUACUGAGAAUGGACAAGCCCGUGGAUUGGUCGAAACACCCGCACAUAUCGCCCGCGUGCUUACCGCACCCGCAGGACGACUACACCGGAGCUCGAUGCUGGACGACUGGGUGGGGGAAGGACGCUUUCGGCGACUUCGGCAAGUACCAGAAUAUCCUGAAGGAGGUGGACGUGCCGAUAGUCGGGUUCGGCCAGUGCCAGCGACAGCUGCAGGGUACCCGGCUAGGGUACGAGUUCAAACUGCACCCCGGAUUCGUCUGCGCAGGCGGCGAAGAGGGCAAAGACGCGUGCAAAGGCGAUGGAGGUGGUCCGAUGGUGUGUGAGAGAGGUGGUACCUGGCAGGUGGUGGGCGUGGUGAGCUGGGGAAUCGGGUGCGGUCAGAGGGGCGUGCCCGGAGUUUACGUCCGGGUCGCCCACUAUUUGGAUUGGAUCAGGCAGAUCACCCAGCGUUAUUAGGCUUUACUGGGUUAUUUAUUUAUUUAAGGAUUAUUUAUUUAGGUGUAUAUAAAGUUUAAUGGAUUUUUGUGAUAAGUUAUUUAUGAGUUUUUAUAUAAUAAA